AUGACUGCGGUCGAUAUUAUUCCAGCGGGAUGGUCGGUCACGGAGAAAUACCUCGAGGUCUUGUCUAAGUUGCCAAACAGAGGUGAUGUCUUAUCGCAUUUGCUAAGUGGUGACAUCCGAGAAUUCGGUGCAGCAUGGCUCGAUUCCAAAAGGAACAAAGAUUCGCUUGAUGCCGACGGUCAAAUUCUCCAAGUCGUUCAUGUUCGAAAUAUUGCCAUUUCUCAGGCUGAGGAGGACUUUCAGUUCCUUUCCGACAAAGCGGGUAGUGGACCGCGUCUUCUGCGGUUAACUCUCACUGAUGGAAAGACCAACAUUUCGGCUUUGGAUGUUGAUAAUUCACCCAAAUUAUCAUCAGAAACCCCACCUGGUACUAAAAUUCGCCUCGUCGGGAAGGUACCCGUGAAGCUAGGUUUCCUCAUUCUCAAAAGAAAAAAUUUCGAUGUUCUCAAAGGCAACGUGGACUCGCUUCGUCGAGAAUGGCUUAUCACCAGGGAUGCAAAGGGUACACGUCGUUCUAAUCGUGGUGGACCUGACGACCCUCCUCCCUUCGUGACUUUUGGAACUCCGGAGGCACACGCCAUGAUCUCCGCACACAACCAAUUUCUCAAUAGUAUUCGCACCAACAAUCACCGCUCAGAUGAUGCAUUUGACUCCCUCAAAAUGGCCUUGAAUGCUACAACGAAGGCUAAUAUUAGCGCCGCUGGUGGAGAUGACACCGAUUUUCAACAGAAACGACGGGAAGUCCUCGCGGAGGCGCAGAACACUGACGUUAGUCAAGGGCAACACAAAUUCAAAGCUGGUUGUUCGAAAUUCCAGCAGGCCCGCGUUGAUUUGGCCGUAGAACGGGAUCAUAACAUUGCUCAACUGGUGUCUAUGGGUUACCAACCAAAUGAAGCCAGUGCAGCGCUAGAGGAGUCAAAUAACAGUCUUGAGGGUGCCAUCGAUCGUUUGCUAUCUCGCCAGAUGGGUCGCAGCUUCGAUACUCGACGGGGAGGUGGCUCGACUGGGCGCGCUGGAAAGGCACCUGGAGGUGAUCGUGGGCAUGAUCGAGGUCGCCGUGGUCGAGGCCAUGAUGGCGCUAGAGGUGGAAAAUUCGAUUCAAUUUUAGACGAGGAUCCUCGUUUUGAUCCGGUAGCCGCUGCAGAACGAUCAGGCCUCAGAGGCAAACCCUCGCAGGGUCCAGUACCUCUUUCUGAAUUUAUGGAACAACCAUAUCCCAAACAGGUUAAUCCUGGUCCUGGUCCGUCGAGUUCCUCUUAUAUGUCAUCAGGGGUUACCAGUAAGUAUCGACUGCAAGGUGGGACGGUUCUGAAAGCUAGGGUUAUGUCUGGAGACUACGAAGCUGCUCAACUUGUCGGUCUGCUGCCUUCUAGAAUGAAUGGCGAGAGAGUUGCUGUGGUGACAUACCUCAAUAGUGGAGAAAAGGAGGAGGUACCCGUUAGUAUGCUGCGGACACUGGAAAAUACUGAGAUUACACCUGAUAUGCUUCCCGAGAUUCAAAGUUCUCUUCCCAAAAAUGGUGACAUAUCUCAUGGAGGUCGAGGUGGAUUCAAUAAAAAUAGCACCAAUUUCCGUGGAAACGGUGGAAGAGGUCGAGGGUUCCAAGGGCGAAAUGGUGUUGGAAAUGACAACAGAGAGGGACCGGUCAGAGGCGGUGGUCCAAGGGGACGUGGAGAUGCAGGACGCGGUAGAGUCGGUGGAUUCUCUGUGAGUGGGUCUCGUGGAAGGGGAUCUCGUCGUGGCAGAUAA